UUUAACACUUUAUUAUUUGUUUUCUGUUUGUUUCCUGAUUUUGACUCCUCUCUUUCUCCUCGCAUCUCUCAUUUCUUUAGUGCUGGGUCUCCCCCAUGCUUUCUAGUUUCUCUUUCUGAGACUCCAAUUAAAUAUAUAUUUAACACAUUCUUUCAGAUUCCUUCCUGUUUCCUAAACUCAUUUUCUUUUUGUCUCCCUGUGAUGUAUUUUGGUAAUUUCUUCAUCUGUCUCUGAAUUCAUUAAUUGCCUCUUCAUCUGUGUCUAAUACAUUAAUUUUAAUAAAUUAAUAAAAAUUAAAUUAAAUAUAUAUUUAAUUGGAGUCUCAGAUAGAGAAACUAGAAAGAAUGGGGAGAGAAAUCUACCUGCUCAUUCUUGAAUACUGCUCAUUCUUAAUAGUCCACUUGCUCUUUCAUUUAUCAAUCCUCAUUUCUUAAAUCAUAUUACACAUACUUCUGUGUUAUUUUUAAAGUCACUCAGUGGUGCCUGACUUUGUGACCUCAUGGACUGUAGCCCACCAGUCUCCUCUGUCCAUGCGAUUUGAUCCCUGGCCAGGGAAUGAGAUUUGACAUGCCACACAACUAAGAAAGAUCUUGCAUGCCUCAACUAAGACUUGGGUGCACUCAGAUAAAAAAGUAAAUAUUUUUUUUAAAAAGAACUCAGCAAAGAUGACAGAGCUGUAGGGACAGUUGCCAUCCAUAGGCCCUGUCCCCUCACACCUCUAAGCCCAAGUCUCCUGCAGAUUCUGACCCUGGAAUCGCCAGUCCCCCAAGCUGGGCCUGAGCUAAGCCUGAGUGCUACCUUACAGAAUUUGAAUAAUUCAGGUCCCAGUGACCUGAGGUGUCAGUUUCAGUUGCUCUGUUCCCAUGGACACCGGUGUCCCAACUCUGUAAUUAAGCUAAUGAAAGGAAAAGGGGGCCGGGCCUGCUGUCCUGUGCCUCGGAGGGACAGAGUCCCGGCCCCGGUACUGCUGAGAAUGCACCAGGCUCACCCAGCGUCAGGUGAGGGGAAGGCCUUAAGGAAGUCCAGGGGGCUGAAACAGGCAGGAGAAAAGAAGAGAAAGUGGAAAGAGGAAGACCAGGGUCAGGGCGGCAGAGACCAAGAAAGAGUUACAGAGGGACGGAGAGCAAGACAUAGACGGUUUAGGGGGCAGAGAACAGGGCAGAGGCCAGGAGAGGCAGAGGCCAGCAGAGAAGGAGAAACAGCAGACGCCGAGGCCUAAGUACUUAAAUUCCAGGGCCGGUACAAUAGGAGGGUGAGGUCGCUGGAAGGGCCGCAGGGCUCCCUGGAGGCUAACAGAGAUCCCCAUCUUCCUUCUGACUUCCAGGGAUUGUCCACGCCACGCUUGCCAGCAGGGCCUGGCGCUGCCACAGGUCAAGCCAGGAGGCUCACUCCCAGAGAUCUGCCCCUCCUCUGGCUGUGGCAAGGCCAUGGGCCCCGGGAGCCACCACCUCAGCCUCGGCCUCUCUGUCUCCAGCCUGGGCCUCCUGCUCCUGCUCCCACUCCUGCCAGAGUGCUUGGGAGCCGAGGGCAGGCUGGCACACAAGUUGUUCCGAGACCUCUUUGCCAACUACACCAGUGCCCUGAGACCUGUGGCAGACACAGACCAGGCCCUCAAUGUAACCCUGGAGGUGACACUGUCCCAGAUCAUCGAUAUGGAUGAGCGGAAUCAGGUGCUGACCCUGUACCUGUGGAUCCGACAGGAGUGGACAGACGCCUACCUACGAUGGGACCCUGACACCUAUGGUGGUCUGGAUGCCAUCCGCAUCCCCAGCAGUCUCGUGUGGAGGCCGGACAUCGUACUCUACAACAAGGCGGACGCACAGGCCCCAGCCUCAGCCAGCACCAACGUGGUCCUGCGGCACGACGGCGCCGUGCGCUGGGACGCGCCGGCCAUCACGCGCAGCUCCUGCCGCGUGGACGUGUCGGCCUUCCCGUUCGACGCGCAGAGCUGCGGCCUGACCUUCGGCUCGUGGACACACGGCGGGCACCAGCUGGACGUUCGGCCGCGAGGCGCCGCCGCCAGCCUGGCCGACUUCGUGGAGAACGUGGAGUGGCGCGUGCUGGGCAUGCCAGCCCGGCGGCGCGUGCUCACCUAUGGCUGCUGCUCCGAGCCCUACCCGGACGUGACCUUCACACUGCUGCUGCGCCGCCGCGCCGCCGCCUACGUGUGCAACCUGCUGCUGCCCUGCGUGCUCAUCUCGCUGCUGGCGCCGCUCGCCUUCCACCUGCCCGCGGACUCGGGCGAGAAGGUGUCGCUGGGCGUCACCGUGCUGCUGGCGCUCACCGUCUUCCAGCUGAUCCUGGCCGAGAGCAUGCCACCGGCAGAGAGCGUGCCGCUCAUCGGUGGGCUCCGAGGGCCCCAGGGUUGCCAGGGAGGGGCUUGCGGGGAGGUUGCCCCCCACCCCGGGGGCUGGCGCAUGAGGCCCUCCGCAGGUGCGGGGGCCGUAGCCAGACUGGCCUGGGUCAACCGAGGGGCCCCGCCGAGCAUCUUGGUGGUCCUGCGUCGUUCUGAGAUGGAGGGGGAAGAGAUAGGCCCCUUCCAGCGAAAAUAGCCCUCCCCUCACUUGUAGGGGAGGAGGAAGGAGUUGGUCUUUUUUGGUUUUUUAAUUUCAUUUAUUUAUGUCUGUGCUAGGUCUUCACUGGUGCAUGAGGGCUUUCUCUAGUUGUGGAGAGUGGAGGCCCCUCUUUGUUGCGGGCCUGGAGCACGCAGAUUUCAGUAGUUCUGGCACACGGGCUUAGUUGCUCGGCAAAAUGUGGAAUCUUCCUGGACCAGGGAUGGAACCCCUGUUCUCUUCAUUUGCUGGUGGAUUCUUAUCCAUUUGUGCCACCUGGGAAGUCCAGGAGUUGGUCUUUACUCAAGGACUUGUUGAAGGAUGAUCCACAUUCCCCAGUAUUAGAAUAAUAGGCAAAACGUCUGAAGUACUCACUGCAUGCCAGGCAUGCUCUUGAACGCUUGACAUUUAUUAACUCUGGGGAGCAGCACCACAGACCUGUGUGCAUGCGUGCUAAGUCACUUCAGUCGUGUCCGACUCUGUGUGACUGUAGCCUGCCAGACUCCUCUCUCCAUGAGACUCUCCAGGCAAGAAUACUGGAGUGGGUUGCCAUGGCAUCCUCCUGGAAAUCUUCCCAACCUGGGAUCGAACUGGAGUCUCUUAUGUCUCCAGCAUUGGCAGGGGGUUCUUUACCACUAGCGCUACCUGGGAAUCCACCAGGAAGGUUCUAUUGUAACUUGCCCAGGUCAUGGUGGUUCUAUUUAAGAGUGUGACUUUCAGGGGACUGUGGGUAAGUCCAGGCUUUAGCAGUGAGGGCGGCAACCAGGGAGCAGGAAGCUUCUGAGAACCAGAUGUGGGGAUGUGGGAGGGGAGAUGUUGGCCCUUCCCUCCUUCCCACUUUCUUCCGUCUAUGUUGAGGGUCCUGAGAGCCUGGUGGGGGAUGAGCUCAUUCCUCCUGUGUUCAGCAGCUAGGGAGCUCUGGAGCCUGAGCUCUUGUCUGGGGCCUCAGCUCCGUUUCUCUCUUUUGCAGGAAAGUACUACAUGGCCACCAUGACCAUGGUCACCUUCUCCACGGCGCUCACCAUCCUGAUCAUGAACCUGCAUUACUGUGGCCCCAGUGCCCGCCCUGUGCCAGCCUGGGCUCGGGCCCUCCUGCUCGGACGCCUGGCACGGGGCCUGUGUGUGCGGGAACGAGGGGAGCCCUGUGGGCAGUCUAGACCACCUGAGUCAUCCCCCAGUCCCCAGCCUCCUGACAGAGGCACUGGCCCCCCAGCAGGUCCCUGCCAUGAGCCCCGGUGUCUGUGCCGUCAGGAAGCCCUACUGCGUCACGUGGCCACCAUCGCCAGCGCCUUCCACAGCCACCGGGCUGCCCAGCGCCGCCAUGAGGACUGGAAGCGCCUGGCCCGGGUCAUGGACCGUUUCUUCCUGGGCAUCUUCUUCUCCAUGGCUCUGGUCAUGAGCCUUCUGGUGCUGGUGCGGGCCCUGUGAGUCCCGGGGGUCUGCUGCAGCCACAGCAGCUCCAGAUGGGGAUGGAUCAGCCAGGCCAGGUGGUGGUCGACCCUCAGGCCACCCAGCGUCUCUCCACUGGGCCUAGGAGCCUGGGACAUCCUCUCUUCAGCACUACUCACUUCACGGGCCAGGAAUAUUCAUCAUCUCCAUACUCUAACCUCCAAGGGAAAUCAGAGCCUGGUGCUCCCCUGAUUCCUGCAGAGGAGGAACUCUGAGAAGGGUCAAGAUCAAAGUGCAGUUUGGGAGGGACAGAACUGGACUUCGGUGCUGAGUUUAGGCACUUUGAGUGGGGAGCGUGCAGGCAUGACACCACUGCCCCAUUUCCUGUCUUCUCUCCCUUCCUCUGUGGCUGCUGUUACAGAGACUUGGUCUAGCCUGACCCUGUCUAGGGGCUCAGAGAAGGUGACUGGAGAUUCAGGGUUCCUGGUCCACUCUCCACAGCAGGAGGCCACAUAAGCACUUCGACCCAAAGCUCCAACUCAUAAUAAAGUAAUGUGUGCCUCGC